GGAAUUGAAGUCAACGUCACGGAUUUGCUGUAGUGUUGAGUUGGGACUUUGCUGUUCUCUCUCAUGGUUACUGAUACCGUCUCCACGAUGACGUACGCCUUGCAAAACGAACACGACGAUGACGAACAGCCGAUAGUGGAGCGACGGACAGACUUCGAUCGAGUGUUAGUAGCCGGUAGUGAUGGUAGUGGUAGUAGGAAUCGAUCGCACAAACAACCAAGCGGUCGCGUUCACUGCAGUCGAACGACAGUCCUCCGCACGAGAUUAGUCUUGAACGCACGUUUGGCGCGAUUAAAUCGAUUUGUGAGCGGUUCUCCGGGUGUUCGAAGCGUGAAAGAAGCAUCAGGUGUGGUGCAGUAGGCUUGCUGCUUGUGUGUACUGCCGUGUUAACGGUACGGAGAGUGUAAUGUAAGAAAUGCCUUCUGCAACACCGUUCAGCAGCGUUUGAUCGUACUACUAGUGAUAACGCUCGACUUCAAGCUAAGCUCAAUAUUAGAACGCAGGACAGGACGCAAACCGCAAAGGACGCUCCAAAAUGAGCUUUGGACAGCGAAAAAAUUUCACCAUCCCGUUGGAUGCAGAAUCACCGGAAGCACGCGACGAUGCUAAGUUGCUCCCAUUGGGGCCCUUCGAUAAGAUACCACCGAUUAUUAUCGAUGGACAGGAUCCACCGAAAACACCCAUCACACCGACCACCCCGAUCAUCUACUGUCCGCAGUCGCCAUCGGUCGGUAGCAAAAGGAGCCGAGCGUUACGACCGGGAACGACACGAAAGUAUAGGAGACGAGCGAUUCUAAAGAAUGGCGAUUGCAACAUUGUCCUCUCGAAGGUAUCCCGACAGAGGUUACGCUUUCUACAAGACAUUUUUACCACGCUGGUGGACGCCCAGUGGCGUUGGACGUUACUCGUAUUUGCAUUCAGCUUCAUUGGAUCAUGGUUGUUUUUCGGAGCAAUUUGGUGGUUGAUCUCGUUUACGCAUGGUGAUCUGGAGGAGAUGCAUCUGCCGAAGAACCAAGAGGAAUCUGGCUGGAAGCCGUGUGUUUUCAACAUCGAAUCGUACACGUCCGCUUUUCUGUUUUCGAUCGAAACGCAAACCACCAUCGGAUACGGCUACCGGACAACUACCGAGGAAUGCCCAGAGGCCAUCUUCAUCAUGUGCUUCCAGUCGAUCUACGGUGUCAUGAUGCAAGCAUUCAUGGUUGGUUUUGUAUUUGCGAAGAUGACGCGCCCGAAGCACCGAACACAGACGCUCCUAUUCUCGAAGCAUGCCGUUGUUUGUCAGCGCGACGGGGAACUGUGCCUGAUGUUCCGUGUUGGAGAUAUGCGCAAGAGUCACAUCAUUGGAGCAAACAUAAGGGCACAACUCAUACGUACCAAAUUGUCCCGUGAGGGCGAAGUGAUGGCGCAGUAUCAGCACGAGCUGGAAGUCGGAGCAGAUCAUUGCGGGUCAGAUCUGUUCUUCAUCUGGCCCCAAAUAGUGACGCAUAGGAUCAACACGGAAUCUCCAUUUUUCAAUAUGUCCGCGUCGGAUCUGCUGCAGGAUCGGUUCGAGAUCGUCGUCAUCUUGGAGGGUACGGUAGAAUCGACGGGCCAAUCAACACAGGCCCGUUCCAGCUACGUCAACACGGAAAUCCUAUGGGGCCAUCGGUUUGAACCGAUCGUGUUUUACAAUAAGGAAAAUCAGGUGUACGAAAUCAAUUACAGCAAGUUCAACGAGACGCACUCCGUCGAUACACCGCUCUGCUCGGCCCGCGAACUGGCCGAGUUUUACAAAUACCAGGACGAUUAUCGUAAUCAAGAUCCACUCGAUACUGGUUCUUCGAAAUCGAUGUUCGAAAGACGUUGGCACCAUCAUUACACCAACACAGUCCGUACGCUCAGUUCGAUUUGCCUGGAAGACGAACGAUCGUCGCUGGGCGUCCAGGCACGUUACCUGACAAUCCAGGGUGUCCCAAGACGGCCCCGAAGCUACCAGCAGCUGGAGAGUAAUUUGCGCAAUCUCUUCAAUCCGCCUUCGGUCACUAUUUCGCCCUCAUCCACCAGCUCCAUCCGUAUAGACACUCCGUAGCUUUGUUUCACACUGGCGAACUCAACUAGUCCCGACACGCCCGACAAUUCGGUUUAGUUACCAUUGGUUUUGAUUUUAGUAUAGUUAGGCUAACCUUCGCUAGGAUCCGUUUUUUGAACGAUUGCAUCCUAUGAAUCUGACGUAACCAUCUGCUGCUAUUUAUGAUAAUCUUAGGCGUAUAACGAUACUCCAGGCUUCUCAUCCACAAAAUUGUGAGCCCAUGAAAGUGAGAGUAAUGAAACAUUCCCUGUAUUAAACAAGAUGCACUACAAAUGAA